UUUCACACGGGGAAUUUUCUCAAGAAACAAAUGCUAUUGCCGGACUACCGGUGGCGCAACGACUUGUUCAUAUCUGGAUGCCUAUAUAAGUAGAGCUCCUCCACCUGCUAUUGGCAACACAACAAGCUACCAGUAGAACACAAGAGCUUGAGCUUCUAACAGGAAACAGCUGAACGAAGCGACCAUGAAGAGCAGCACGCUCCUGGUGCUCCUGUGCCUCCAGGCCGCUCUGGUCAUGGGGAUCUUCGCAGCCGUAGCAAAAGAAAAUGCCGUGGGAGAGAGCAAGGCCAUCGACAUCAACCCGGGUCAGCUCAAGUGCUGCACCAACUGCAACUUCUCCUUCUCGGGGCUCUACACCUGCGACGACGUAAAGAAGGACUGCGACCCCGUCUGCAAGAAGUGCGUCGCCGUGAAGACCUACUCCGGCAAGAAGUUCAAGUGCACCGACACCUUCCUCGGCAUGUGCGGACCAAAGUGCUAGAUGAGCAUUAUUCAAGCAUGCGCUGGAAUUUCCCUUGGGACACUCGAUCUCUAGCGAAAUGGCCGAGGUCAUGUGGCGCCUACACGAACGUAUGAUUAUCAUUGUGUGAUGUGUGUUCAGUGUUGUGAGUUUGUGUGGUAUGUUCUUGUACGUGUGCUUGUUCUUGACGAUGCCCGCGAACAAUAAGCUGUUGUUUGCAAUAAAUAAAAGUGAUGCAACGGGCACUGCGAGUUAUGUUUAGAAAAUUAAAUUUUCUC